AUGGAAUUCACCCUGCAUGAGGUAUUGAUUGCUUCCAUCAGUCAAGUGAUGGUAAAGUGUGACGGGAAAUUCAUCCGAAUAAUAGUCAAUGAUACAGCGGAAGACAUCAUGCCCGAGACCUUAUAUGGAGAUAGUGUCGGACUUCAACAGGUCGUAGGCGACUUCUUGUUGACAUCGGUUAAUUUUACACCACAAGGAAGCCAGCUUCUUCUUGUAGCUAACCUGACCAAAGAUCGACUAGGACAAUCUGUUCACCUUGCACAUUUGGAGCUCAGGCUUAAAAAUGUUGAGAUAUGGGUGGAGGGGGUUGAGGAGAAUCAGUUGAGGGUGUUUGGGUUCCUCCGGCCGCCGUACAUCGCCGUGAGGUGCCACCGACGACGGAUGCUUCUCUCCUCUCCGAUGAGGGAGUUGAGAGAGUUUGAAACUCUCUCUCUCCUCCCUCGGUUUGAAACCAAACGAAAUGAAAUGGUUAGCCAAUUUUGGCUUUAUUUUGGGGCUUAUAUAACACUACCAAAACGACGUAGUUUUGAUGGGAGAGGGGGUCCCCGUUCUUUGUAA